AUGAAAAAACCAUCCAACAGCAAAGACAGCAGAAACAAAAGUGCUUGUCCCCGAGGUAAGAGGAAGCUUGAGUAUAAUGAUAACAAACAGCCCAAGUUACCAUUGGCCGGCAAACUUAUAUACCUUGAUGUCAAAGAUGUUCGACUUACUAAGAAAUUGGAAACUGACUUAAAGCGACUUGGCUCGUCUGUAGAAAAGUUUUUCGUCAAAGAAAUCAAUUACCUCAUCACAAGUCAUCCAAGACCAAAACAGAAAAAUGAAGACAAACUUCAAUCCGCUGAUAGUCCUGCAGGUGUUUCAACCCCAAGCCCCUUUAACUGUGGCCCUUCACCAUCACCAGGAGCAGUGGAAACCAAAGCACCCCAGUCGGUUACCAGGGGUAAAGCAAUACUGCAGAAGGCACAAUUACAGAAAAAGACCAGCAGUAUCAUUGAAAAUGCUGAAAAGUGGAAGGUCAAGAUAGUUUCAGUCGAAGCCGCCCUCAAGUGGAUUUUGAAAGAACUAGCUAAACUACCCCCUGACAGUUCCAAGGGCAACCAAUCUGAGAAAACCAGAGGAUGUAAAGUAAAGAGACUUCAAUCACCAAUGCUAAAAUUUGAAUCCAACACAAAACAAUACCGACCUAUUCAUGGUAGUCUUGCCAACUGGCCCUUUGCCAAUGUUGAUACUCCGAAAGGGACAUGUCCCUUUGAUGGAACAACAGUGGGACGCGGAGAACGAUCCCGGGAGGAGCGUGGGGACAGGAUCGGACUGGCACAGCCAAUGGACAACAACAUGCCCGCUAGUCCAGCAGGAAUGGCUGGCGAGGAUAUGAACACUGGCAGCAACAAAACACCAAGAGUAGAACCUCCAGGGAAAAGUCGUCCAUCAGAGAAUCAGGCUGGUGGACCAAGUGGAAUUAAGGUAGCAACUGCUGGGGAACUAAGGAGGCGCAAGGAACAGAAAAGAAUCCAGGAACGAAAGAAAGGAUACUGUGAAUGUUGUCAAGUCAAAUACGACGACCUGGAUAAGCACGUGUUCCAGGAACAACAUCGGGCCUUUAUCCGAGAUAAAAAGAACUAUGACAACUUGGAUCACUUGAUUCUCACUGGCCCUAGUACUGCCCGAUUUCUACAGAGAGUGCUGCUGAGACACUGUACCAAGCAGCAUACCGCAGACACCAAUAUUAGUGAGUCAGAUGAAGAAGUGGUAUUGAUAACCCCAGGAAAGUCAGCUGCGAAGGCUGCAGCUAAAGAUAAAAAGGGAUUGCAGCCACCAGAAAAAUGUCAGCGAAAUAUCGCCGCAAUGGACUGCAGUUCACAGGAGUUAAAUGAGUGUAGGGAAAAAAGGAAAAGCCCUAGAAACUCCAAAACAAAAUUGCCAGAAGGACCAGCUUCUCUGUCAAAAAGUGAUCAGAAAAUGUUGAAAGAUAAACCUGAAAAAAAUAAGUCUAAAGGAGACACAAAUAAAUCUGUCAAGGAGGAAGAGGAAUGUGUACUGAAGGACAAGGAAUCAAAAAAUAAAUCUAUAGGUGUCAGUCCAAAAGUAUCGUUUCAUUCUGCCAAACAUUCUCAUCAUAUUGUCCCAGAUUUAGCAAAAUCAAGCAAGAAAAUAGACUGUUCUCCUGAAAAAAGAAGCUGUACUAGUGAUGGAUUAGACCUGAAGAAUCAUGUGGUGCCUGUGAGGACCAAAAACUGUCACGGUGUCUACCCAAACAUGUCCCCAAGUCGUGUCUCUUGGGCACGUCGUCACUCUAUAUCUGCUGAUGAAUAUUUUCCGAGUAAGUCAGCAAAAUUAGACAAACCUGCUUGUGCAAGGGUGUUAGACAGUUCAAAUGUAGCUAAGAAAAACAUAAAUGAGGACAUUCAAAUGCAGGAAAGGCAGAUAAGUAAGGGACAAAAUAGCAAAUUAUCUGAUAUUGAUAUACCUCUACCUGGAGAUCAGAUACGAGUGCUACGCGAAACAAGAUCACGAUCAAAGCAAGGUCAAAUGAGUUCACAAACUCAAGAAUCAUCUCCAAGAGUUUCUCAAAAUACAGAGAACACAACUAAACUCAAAUAUGAUGAGGUGGAUGGUGAUUCUCCUUUAUUGACAUUUUCCAGGAAAGCAACUUCUCUUGUUGAAUUACAAAUUUCACCCAUUAAACCCCAUUUCAAAUCUACCGUAAAAUCUAUGGACACUCAAUCUUCUCCUAGGAAAGGGAGACUGUCAAGAUCAUUAACAAAAACAGUAGCAGCAGUUGAGAGUGAGAAUAAGAACAGUGCUUCAAAUAUUCAAGAGAAGUGUAACUACUCUCAGGACACUGCCACAAUUGGGAGUGCUUCACCGAGUAAAGAUACAAAAUGUAAACCAAAGCUUCAUUGCAGUCAAAUUGUAGAAAGUGUAACUUCUAGAACUCGAAGCCAAUCACCACUUAAAGAUAAGAACUGGCAAAGUAAGGCUAUGAUUGAUUCCAGUCAAACUAUGGACUCCGCCAUUACUUGUACUGUAAGUCGGUCACCAGUGAAAGAUACAAACUGUCACAUUAAGGCCAAGUGUGAACAAAGUCAAAUCAAAGUAUCAGUCACUGCUAGAACUAGGAGUCACUCUCCAUUCAGGGAUACAAUAUGUGAGGAUGAAGUUAAGCACAACGCCAGCCAGAUCAAGGACUCCACUAUAUCAAAACUUAAGAGCCAGUCACUAGAACAGGAGAUCUCUCCAGAAAAGAUUAAUCCAGGUAAAAUUGAUAACUCUACCUCUGCUAGAACUAGGUCACCAGGAAAGAAAAGGAAAAUUAGUCGAAGUAAGGUAAAGUGUGAUGACACGAAUGAAGGAGCUUCAAUAGAUAUCAACACAAAGUUACAAUCUCCAGAGAAACAAAAGAUUACGGAUGAAAAAUCUGUUAAACUGCUGAAUUCACCAAGAACUCGAAGUAAAAUGACAACACCAAAUGAAGAAAAAUGCCAUGACAAUUCCCUCCAUUCAGUAAAUGUGAAUUGUACCAUAGGAAGACAAGCUAAAAAUCAUUCAAUAUUUGAAAAAAAUAUAUCUGUUGACACUGAACCUGUGUCACCGCGUAAACGCCUGCGAAAGGGAGAAUCUGAUUCUGCCAAACUUUCUGCAGCCAUGAUGUCAACUUCAGCAAAACUUGAUUGUACAUCACCUUCUUUAAAGAAUUCAAAGCUAAAGUUAAAAACAAGUAUAGGAGUUAGAAUGGAUCAGAAACAAAAAAACGGGGACACAAAGACUGACAGUAAAUCUGAACAGGACAAAAUCGAAUCAUCCACAAAAAAUAAAAGUUUGGCUGAUCUGGCUGCUGUAAACACUGAUCCAGUCAUGUGCCCAGCAGUUCUAGCUGAAUCUAUGGAGGAAGGUUUUUACAUAAAUUGUAUGGAGAUGGUGAAGAAAAGAUCCCAGAUGCGACGAGAGGCACAGAAAUUAAGAAGUGUAGAAAGUCCUCUCAGUAGCAGUAGUGUUGCAUCAAGAUUAGACGGUACGCCGCGUAAAAGGAUAACCGUGACACUUUCUCCAUGUAAGUCAGGUAAAUCUGCUUCUAGUGAUGGACAGCAGAGGCAGAAUAUCAGGUCAGAUACAAAUGUUCAACCUAACACCACUGUAAACUCGCCAGGUGAAAUUCAGGGUCAAAUUAAGUCUGUCAAUAAAACAACAUUGUUGUCAGCAACAAAUACACAAAGUGCUAAAAUAUUUGGUGUUAAGAAAAAGUCUGAGUUGCAUAUUUCAUCAGGAAGACAUACUCCAGGUCAAGGAGAUAAUCAAAAUGUAGCUCAGUCUUCAAAGGGCAGUGAAGUAAGGCGACAGCAGAGAGCACUUGAUAAGGCUAGAGAAUGCCAGGAGAUGGAACGGAGUCCUUCCCCACUUUUUAAUAGGUCACCAAAAUAUAACAAAAGCAGAAAAUCUUUUGAAAAAGAUCUCAGGAAAACGUCAAAGUCUAGGGCAAAGAAGUCAGUGGUGUAUGAUCCUUAUGAUAUUGGGAAUCUUUCUCCACUCAAACCUGAACAAGUUGUUCUCAACAGCCCCAGAAGUGGAUACAGUGGUGAAACAUCACGGUCAAAAAAGAAAAAUCGAAAUUGGAGACCACCUCAGAAACAUUCUUCAGAAAGAAAAUCAUCAAGCACCAAAAAACUUCAAAAGCUUAAGCUUCCUGAUCCAACAAGUAGCCAGGGAGAAGAUCUAGAAACUAAAAAACUCAAUGUAUUAGUUUCAGAUUCCGACGUUAAUGAAAAAAAUUCAAGCAAGGGCAAAAUGACAAGUAUAAAUUCAUUUGAACAUAGACAAGAAGUUUCUAAAGACCAGCUGUCAAGUAUGCAAAGAAAGCGGGCUAGACAUAAACUGGAAUUAAAUAGUAACUGUAAACAAGGUAAAAAUAUGUCUUCUGUUGUGUCGGCAGAAAAAAUACCUGUACAAAAGCAAAGUGGCCAUGCUGAUAGUGGUGAAGGAACAUUUAUAGCAAUCAAGAAAUUAGAAUUAUGUGAUCAGACCUUCAUGGAACACAAAGAUGAGGAACUACUGUCACAAAAAGAAAAAAGGUCUUGUGGUACUAAACCUAGUCAAAAGGUGACUGGAAGUUCUUCAAAACACAGAAAGAGAAAAGACAGCUUUAGUGAUUCCAAAGUUGGAUCCAGUAAAGAUAAAAGUGAUAAAGGACAUUCUAAAAUAGGUGAAGGCUCUUUGAAGUUUCAAAUAGCAACCGGUGAAACGUCGCCAAAGGCAAGAACAGUCAAAUUAAACAAGAGCUGGUCCUUGCUUAGUGACCGCAGUAUGGCUAAAAUGCUACAGAGUGAGGAGGAAGACAAUUCUUUUGAAGGAUUUCAGCCAGAACAUGCAACAGGUGGAACUCUAUUGGGCAGUGAAAUGUCCUAUGUGGAAACUACAGAGGUGGAAUUAGAGGGAAACUCAGACCAUGAAUGGCUUUUGGAUCAUGACCAGGAGGAUGAGGGGGAGGAGGAAGAAAAUUUAAAAAACAAGAAUGAUUUCAUCAACUUUGUAAACUGUACGUUCACUUCACCUGGUAAGCACACAGACUCGUCUUGGGAUGAAACAUUUGAUAAUUACAUUGACAUCCAACUGAACAGGUCAAAACCCAGUGGGGCUAAUAACAGUUUUGAUAUUGUUCCUGAGAACUGCAGUCCAAGAAUAUUUGGUUCUCCAAGGCGACGACAGACAGGACUCACCCCAAACAAAAGGAAAAGUGAUUUUGCUGAAUUGUCAGAUCUGCCAAAAGAGUAUGUCGAGUAUAAUCAUACCCCAAAAAGGAGAAAAUUUCACAAGAGAAAGGCAGCACACGAUGUGGAAGAACCUUAUGUUGAGCAAGUGGAUGAAGACAUUGAGUUUAAUUACUGUAGCCCUCAGAAACUAAAGGAAGUCUACAGCCCAAGGCAUAAGCUAGGUACAGAGAUUGUGCUUUCAUCAAGUCCACUUAAGUGUCGGGGUAGUCUUUUCACCUCAACUCCACACUCGGUACGUCAAAAAAAGGUUGGUUGUCUUUCCACUGAUCUACCAGCUUUGUCAGGAAAUGACAACACAGUGGAAACAAAGUCGAGUAAUCACAAAAGUAAAAGUACAAGGGAAUUAUCUUCACAGUCUAAUGUUAAUACGGAUGGUAGCAAGCAGUCCGGCAGAUCAAGUAAACGGCACAAGUAAUCAACCAAUUCACACCAUUGACACGGACUCAGUAAACAAUAACACAGGUAUUCAACCAAUCACACGAGAACAUUGAUAUAUAUUGAUAUAUAGAUUCCAUAAACAACCAAUCACAAUAACACUAAACCAAAGAUUACAGUAACACUGGAUUGUGUCGAAGUAUGGGAUGCUGAUUUAACACCAAAUCAUUGUAUUCUUCUGUCCCUUUACAGAGGUGUUACUAGAAAGGUCAGUAGUUUCCAGU